GGCUCGCAGCUUGAGCGCGCGCUCGGACGCUCUGUCGCGUGCGCCUCAGGCUGCUGCCUCCAAGGCAAAAGGGAAGAGUCGGCAUAAACUUUCCCAGCAGGGAUUAGUGGCAAAAGCCAGGGGAGAUCCUCCCUCCUGCAAGAAGGGCUUCCCCCUUCUGCCCCGGCUGCUCCGGAUCCAUCGCUGGGGAAGCGAGGAUGGUGGACCUGGAGAGCGAAGUGCCCCCGCUUCCCCCCAGGUACAGGUUCCGGGAUUUGUUGCUGGGCGACCAAGGCUGGCAGAACGACGACAGGGUAGAAGUUGAAUUCUACAUGAAUGAAAAUACAUUUAAAGAAAGGCUAAAACUAUUUUUCAUCAAAAACCAGCGAUCAAGUCUCAGAAUCCGCUUGUUGAAUUUUUCACUCAAGCUGCUAAGUUGUUUGCUGUACAUCAUCCGAGUGCUCCUGGAUGACCCAUCCCAGCAACAUGGAUGAGGAAAAUGUUGGGGUUGUGGGAAGGAAAACUACUAUUUCAGGUAUGCAGGCAAUGAGAUUAAUUGGUCACCUAUCAUUUGGGUGAACAGAAGUUUACCUUUAUGGGGGCUACAGGUGUCAGUGGCUUCGAUAAGUUUGUUGGAAACUACACUCCUGAGCUAUCUCAGUUAUAAAGGAAACAUAUGGGAACAAGUUGUGCGGAUUCCUUUCCUGUUGGAAAUUAUUAAUGCUAUUCCUUUCAUCAUUACUAUUUUCUGGCCUGCCUUAAGAAAUUUAUUCAUCCCUGUUUUUUUAAAUUGCUGGCUUGCCAAACAUGCAUUGGAGAAUAUGAUUAAUGAUCUCCACAGAGCCAUCCAACGCACACAGUCUGCAAUGUUUAACCAAGUCCUGAUUUUAAUAUCAACAUUGUUAUGUCUUAUCUUUACAUGCAUUUGUGGAAUUCAGCAUCUGGAGCGAGCAGGAAACAAGCUGACUCUCUUUGACUCCCUUUAUUUCUGCAUAGUGACAUUUUCUACUGUGGGCUUUGGAGAUGUUACUCCGAAGAUCUGGCCUUCGAAACUGCUGGUUGUCAUUAUGAUCUGUGUUGCCCUUGUAGUGUUGCCGAUACAGUUUGAACAACUGGCUUAUUUGUGGAUGGAAAGACAAAAAUCAGGUGGAAAUUAUAGCCGGCACCGAGCUCAGACAGAAAAGCAUGUGGUAUUGUGUGUGAGUUCUCUUAAGAUUGACCUGCUCAUGGAUUUCCUAAAUGAAUUCUAUGCUCAUCCUAGGCUUCAGGACUACUAUGUGGUUAUCCUGUGCCCCACUGAGAUGGAUGUUCAGGUUCGAAGAGUUUUACAAAUCCCAAUGUGGUCUCAAAGAGUUAUCUAUCUUCAGGGUUCAGCGUUGAAGGAUCAAGACCUGUUAAGAGCUAAGAUGGAUGAUGCAGAGGCUUGUUUCAUUUUAAGUAGCCGAUGUGAAGUGGACAGACCUGCAGCUGAUCAUCAAACCAUUUUAAGAGCUUGGGCAGUUAAAGAUUUUGCACCCAAUUGCCCUCUGUAUGUUCAGAUAUUGAAGCCUGAAAAUAAGUUCCAUAUCAAAUUUGCAGAUCAUGUUGUAUGUGAGGAGGAAUUCAAAUAUGCAAUGCUAGCUUUAAACUGUAUUUGUCCAGCUACAUCAACACUCAUCACCUUGUUAGUUCAUACGUCAAGAGGGCAAGAGGGUCAGCAGUCACCAGAACAAUGGCAGAAAAUGUACGGCAGAUGCUCUGGUAAUGAAGUCUAUCACAUUAACCUGGAGGAGAGUGUGUUUUUUGCUGAAUAUGAGGGAAAGAGUUUCACAUAUGCAUCUUUCCAUGCACACAAAAAGUUUGGUGUCUGUUUAAUUGGUGUUAGAAGGGAAGACAACAAAAACAUUUUGCUGAACCCAGGUCCUCGCUAUAUUAUGAGUGCCUCAGACAUAUGUUUUUAUAUCAACAUCACAAAAGAGGAAAAUUCAGCUUUCAAGAAACAAGAACAGCACCGGAAAAAUCACUUAUCUAGAUCAUUUUACCAUGGCCCUUCUCGAUUGCCAGUGCACAGCAUAAUUGCUAGUAUGGGUACGGUGGCUAUAGACUUGCAAGAUACGGGAUGCAGAUCUCCAAGUGCAGCUACUUUAACCCUUCCUUCAGAAGCAGGCAAAGGGGGCAGAAGGCCAAGCAUAGCACCUGUGUUGGAGGUUGCUGACUCUACAGCUCUUCAUACCUGUGACCUCUUAAGCGACCAGUCGGAAGAUGAAACAACUCCUUCAGAUGAAGAAGUUUCAAAUGGCUUAGAGUAUUUGAAAGGCUAUCCUCCUUACUCCCCUUAUAUAGGAAGCUCUCCCACCUUCUGCCAUUUGCUUCAUGAAAAAGUGCCCUUCUGCUGUCUAAGGCUAGAUAAGGGAUGCCAGCAUAAUUACUAUGAAGAUGCCAAAGCGUAUGGCUUCAAAAACAAAAUCAUUAUUGUCGCUGCCGAGACUGCUGGGAAUGGACUCUACAACUUUAUUGUUCCUCUCAGGGCAUAUUACAGACCAAAGAAAGAGCUCAAUCCUAUAGUCUUGCUACUGGAUAACCCGCCAGAUAUGCAUUUUCUGGAUGCAAUCUGUUGGUUUCCAAUGGUUUACUACAUGGUGGGCUCCAUUGACAACCUAGAUGAUUUGCUAAGAUGUGGUGUGACCUUUGCUGCCAACAUGGUCGUAGUGGACAAAGAAAGUACUAUGAGUGCUGAAGAAGACUACAUGGCAGAUGCUAAGACUAUUGUAAAUGUACAAACCCUCUUCAGGUUGUUCUCCAGUCUAAGCAUAAUCACAGAAUUAACUCACCCAGCCAACAUGAGAUUCAUGCAAUUCAGGGCAAAAGACUGCUAUUCGCUCGCUCUGUCAAAAUUGGAGAAGAAAGAACGAGAGAAAGGCUCCAAUCUGGCAUUCAUGUUUCGUUUGCCCUUUGCAGCUGGCAGAGUUUUCAGUAUCAGCAUGUUGGAUACCCUGCUGUACCAGUCAUUUGUUAAGGAUUAUAUGAUCUCCAUCACAAGACUUCUACUGGGACUAGACACUACCCCAGGAUCUGGGUUUCUGUGUUCUAUGAAAAUUACUGAAGAUGAUUUGUGGAUCAGAACAUAUGCCAGACUUUAUCAGAAGCUUUGUUCUUCUACAGGAGACAUUCCUAUUGGUAUUUAUAGAACUGAAUCACAGAAGCUUACAACAUCAGAGUCUCAAAUUUCUAUCAGUGUGGAAGAAUGGGAGGACACAAAGGACAAUAAAGAACAAUUUAACUACCGAAGCAACCAUCGCAAUUCAACAUCCAGUGAUCAGUCAGAUCAUCCUUUGCUACGACGAAAAAGUAUGCAGUGGGCUCGACGACUGAGCCGGAAAGUGCCAAGACAUUCCGCAAAAUCAGCAGAGAAAAUAAGUCAGCAGAGAAUGAAUCUUUAUAAAAGAUCGGAAAGGCAGGAACUUGCUGAAUUGGUGAAAAACAGAAUGAAACACCUUGGACUUUCAACAACAGGUUAUGAUGAAAUGAAUGAUCACCACAAUACCCUUUCAUACAUCCUGAUCAAUCCUUCUCCAGACACACGACUUGAACUGAAUGAUGUUGUAUACUUGAUUCGCCCAGAUCCACUGUCAUAUGUUCCAAACAGUGCAACCAGCCGGAAAAGCAGCUUCUGCAAUGCCAUUGGACAGGAUACAAGGGAAGAAACACAGCUUUGAUGCAGCACAUAGAUAAUCUAUAAAGACAUUUUUUUAUACAAAUAGCUGUUUUGAAAUUUAGUGAAAAUAAAAUGAUGACUUUUUAUGAGAACUGGCAUAAUGGGCAUCAUGGUCCACUGACUGGGCAACCGACUCACUGGAAUUACCAGAAUAAAUCCAGAAACCUCUGUAUGAUUUCUGAUUACUCUCAUCAAGGGGUUAAUCAAAAUGCAGUGGAAUUGAAGAAAGUGUUUCAUAGCAUUGCUCAACAAAAGGAUGAUGUUUGUUAUUAUUUUGUCAAAGAGAAACUAAGCUUUAAGAUCUUCUUUUCAUCUACUGAUUUCAGCCAGACACUGUGGGGCAGUGACUAAUUCUUAUUCACACUACAUAGUUGUUAUUGUUAUUCCUGUGCCUAUGGAAUGAAAUGUUGCAGGUACAGACAAAGGUUCAAGCAACUCCUCUUUCUCUGAGUGUUUGGUCCUUGCUAAGGCAACAAAUGUCACUGAUGAAUAAUGGUAGUCAGAUGUAUACUUUAACUUGCCCAUAAGUCUAUUGAGUUAUAUCUCACACAAAUAGCUUCCUCAACAAAUACAAAAUUCUGUCUAUUUGAUAUCUAUCAAUUGGUUACUCAUGUAGCUUUGCAUAUUGAAAUGUUUAGCACAAAUAAUGAAAACAUAGAGAAAAGGCUGCCAAGUGGAUUUCAGUCCGAAAUAAAUAGCCUAAAGGAUUCUGGAGUGAGAAUAAUUCAAUAUUUUUUGCUUAUUUGGAAGUCAGCACAUUUAGCAAAGAUUUUUUUUUGCUGAAAAUUCAUUGAAAGAUAGGAGCCAGCAAAACUGGUAGACUGUGAAAUAUGGAAUGGAACGAAGUCAGAAUGCAUCUAUGAUGCAAUAAACUUGUUGAAACUAAGUGGAUGGUGAUCUAAUGACCUAGUUAGAUCACUAGGAGUACCACACACAAAAAAGGAAAUAAAUAUGGUAAGUGUCUUAUUAUAGGAGUGGGGUGGGGGUAUGGCAGCAAAUGUAGCUAAUUGUAUGUCUACAUAGUACAUAGGUUAAGGUUCAUAGGCUUGUAAUCUGCCAAGCGAGACUCAUGAACUAACACACAGUAGUCUGUGCUUUAACGUUUGGUGAUAUACUGGACAAAUAAUUCCCAGAGAAAAUGGAGAACACAUCAUCUGGGACAAAAGCCUUUGAGAUCUAAAAUACUCCAGGAAUUUUGAGUUGCCUACAUCAGUGGGGAAACUGUAAUGAUAGCUCCAGUAUUGCUCAGGCCCCAUCCUUGAGAACAUGUUUGAUCUUUAAUUCUGCUUAAAUGCAAACUCAAAUCAGAUGGCAGUUAUGAUGCUGGCUUUGGUGGAAUAAGCCAGUGAAGCAUUUACUGUUGCUUAAUAUGUCAAAGCUUUCUUUGUGUGGUCCACCUACAUGCCACACCAGUUAAAAGGCCUUAAAUCAGUGGUUCUCAACCUGGGGUCCCCAGAUGUUUUUGGCCUUCAACUCCCAGAAAUCCUAACAGCUGGUAAACUGGCUGGGAUUUCUGGGA